CCAUUAUAUCGAUGGUUGGUGCAAAAAACUCUUCUGUGGGCAUGGAGGACCAAAACAAAACGGAGAGCUUACUAAAUAUUCCUACUGUUUGCCCCCAGUACCAAAUAAAUUCGACAACCGAUGAACAUGUUUUACAAUAUCAACCAGGAGAGUUUAAUUGGUCUUUGGCGAAACAAGGAUUACUUCUUUCGUGUUAUUUCUACGGCUACACCGCUUUCAAAAUGCCGGGCGCUUGGCUUUCAAAGCAAUUUGGCAUUCGAGCGCCUCUUGGUAUUUCGUCGCUAAUUGCAGCAAUAUUAACCAUUUUGAUACCAGUAACAUCUCGUCUAAGCUUCGGUUUGCUGAUAGCUGUGAGAGUAACAAUUGGUCUACUUCAGGGAGUCACUCUACCAACCAUCAUGCAGUCAAUUGGGGUAUGGUCUCCCCCGUGUGAAAAUACUCGCCAUCUUUCUAUUAGCUUUAUCGGAGCAUCAUGUGGAAAUCUGAUAACGUACGUGGCGGCCGGCCUUGUUAUCUGGCUAUUUGGAUGGGAGUGGGUAUUUUAUAUAGCAGGAAGUGUCGGCUGUUUAUGGUCGAUUGCAUGGUUUCUGUUAAUUUACGAUUCACCAAAGACACAUCCGAGAAUUUCAGAGCAGGAAUCAAGUUACAUAACGGAAAGUCUUUCAGAGGCGGCGCCUGUGAAAUCCAACCCAAAAAAUGUACCUUGGCGUAAAAUAUUAACUUCUAAACCGUACUUAUCGACGGUCGUGGUCCAUGUAGCUGAAAAUUGGACGCUUGCCAUUACACAUACCUGGGUGCCGCAAUAUAUCGCUAACGUGUUGGGAUACAGCAUUGAAAAUGUUGGGUUACUCUCUGCGUUGCCAUACGGACUAAACAUAAUCAGUCUCCUCGGAAGCGGAAUUCUUUCGGAUUUUAUCUUACUUAAAACAAAAAUUCGGAAGACAGUACUUCGAAAGGUCUUUUCUAUCAUUGGAAUGGGGGGUCCAGUCUUGUCGUUUGUAAUCUUGCCUUCAUUUGGCUGCAACCAUACUUUUGCCAUUGUGUUGCUGUGUACGUCUUACAUGUUCGUGGGGUGCAACUAUUCUGGGUAUCGUGUGGCGCUUGCAGACAUGGCGCCUUCUUACAUGGGCAUCAUGUACGCCAUUUCGAAUACUUUGUGCUGUGUGGAGGCGUUGGUGGCGACACAGAUAGUGGGAUUUAUGCUUGGAGAUGGAUCGCUCUCAAACUGGAGAACGGUGUUUUAUGUGACUUCUGCAAUAUCAGCAUUGGGUUUAUUGGUGUACCUUUGUUUUGGAUCAAGUGAGUUGCAGGCAUGGGCAAAAUCGAAAGAGAAAGAAGCGGAUAUCGACGAUAAGCAAAUAUUUAUUGAGUUGAAUGAAAAAUGA